CGACGAAGCCCGACGAAGGCUGAAAAUAUUUGGUCCAAACGAGUUCAACAUCACAAACGAUGAACCUCUGUGGAAGAAAUAUCUGGGACAGUUCAAAGAUCCGAUGAUAUCUCUGCUGUUGGUGUCUGCUUUGGUUAGUGUGUGUAUGGGUCAGUACGACGACGCUGUCAGCAUAACAGUGGCCAUUGUGAUUGUUGUUAGCGUCGCAUUUGUUCAGGAGUAUAGGUCGGAGAGAAGUCUUGAAGCAUUGAAACAAUUGGUACCCCACAAAUGCCACUGCUUACGACAAGGAGUCACAAAAGACUUGCCUGCUUCAGAACUUGUCCCGGGUGAUUGUGUGUACAUAACAGUUGGAGACAGAGUACCCGCCGAUAUACGGUUAAUUGAGGCAGUUGAUUUGGAACUGGACGAGUCUAGCUUUACUGGUGAAACUGAUCCGGUUCGGAAGAGCACAGCACAGCUGAUGCAUGUGGGAGGAAACGGCACUCCUUUGACUGAAAGAAAAAAUAUUGCAUUUAUGGGCACUUUGGUCUGUCACGGGAGAGGAAAGGGUAUUGUAAUAAGUACGGGUGAAAAUUCAGAGUUUGGUGAUGUCUUUAAGAUGAUGCAAGGGGAAGAUGCUCCUAAGACUCCUCUUCAGAAAAGUAUGGACAGAUUAGGGAAACAGCUGUCAUUCUACUCAUUUUGCAUAAUAGGUGCUAUCAUGUUUAUUGGUUGGUUCCAGAGUCGCCAUCUUCUCGAUAUGUUUACUAUAGGAGUUAGUUUAGCUGUUGCUGCAAUCCCAGAAGGCUUACCUAUUGUUGUUACAGUAACUUUAGCUCUUGGUGUGAUGAGAAUGGCGGAUAGAAAUGCAAUAGUCAAGAGACUACCGAUUGUUGAGACGUUGGGUUGCGCGACUGUUGUUUGCUCGGACAAAACAGGAACAUUAACUCAGAAUGAAAUGACAGUGAAGUAUUUGUUUGCUGCAAAUGAGGAUGAAGCGCAGGUGAGUGGUGUUGGCUACAAUGAUGCUGGUGAGGUUAUGUGUCGAGGUAUUAAGGUGACUGGCACGAGCCAUCCUUCUUUGCUAAAACUUGUGGAGGUUGCUUGCAUUUGCAACGAUGCUCAGAUUCGGGACAAUACAUUAAUUGGUCAGCCGACAGAAGGGGCUCUUCUGGCAACUGCAAUGAAGAUGGAGUUGUAUGGCAUUCGAGAUCAGUAUGUAAGAACGUCAGAGAAACCGUUCUCUUCAGACCAGAAGUGGAUGGCUGUCUGUUGUCGACCAAGGAUGAAAGACAUUGCCGGAAUGGCUAAACUUGAUGGAGAGAGGUAUUUUAUGAAGGGAGCUGUUGAACGUGUUUUGCGGCAGUGUACUUGCAUUUAUGUCCCUGAAAAUGUUCAUGAUACUCUUCAGCUUGAUGAGCGUGGUGUGCAGGCUGUUAUGCAUAAGGUCAGAGAGUACGGUCGUAAGGGGUUUCGAGUUAUUGCCAUGGCAACUGGAGAAAGUUUGACUGAUAUGAUGUUUGUGGGUUUGGCUGCUAUUAGUGAUCCGCCUCGACCGGGAGUGGAAGCUGCUGUGCACAGUCUACUGAACAGUGGUGUUUGUGUGAAGAUGCUCACUGGUGACUCUAAAGAGACAGCGAUUGCAGUUGGCGUGUCCUUGGGUCUACAUGACGAGGGUUGCCCAACUCUUUCUGGAGAGGAGAUAGAUCUGAUGGACUUGCAUCGAUUGCAACUGGCUAUGGAUCAAGUGUCUGUAUUUUAUCGUGUUAGUCCAAGGCACAAAGUAGCUAUCGUCAAGGCUUUGCAGGCUAAGGAAGAAAUCGUAGCAAUGACUGGAGAUGGUAUAAACGAUGCUGUGGCAUUGAAGAGAGCCGAUAUUGGAGUCGCAAUGGGUUUGGCCGGUACUGAUGUGUGCAAGGAGGCUGCCGAUAUGAUUCUUGUCAACGAUGAUUUCAUUACAAUAAUGUCUGCCAUACGGGAAGGCAAGGGAAUAUUUUACAACAUCACUAACUUUGUUCGAUUCCAGUUGAGCACGAGCAUCGCUGCUUUGUCUCUUAUCACAAUAUCUACGUUUUUGCACCUGCGAAAUCCCCUGAAUGCCAUGCAGAUAUUAUGGAUUAAUAUUAUUAUGGAUGGACCUCCAGCACAAAGGUGUGGAACCUGUAGACAGAGAUGUGAUGCUUCGGCCUCCUAGAGGAGUGCAUGAUCCUAUCAUCACUCGUGCUCUGGUUUCCAAGGUAUUAACCUCAGCAGCAAUCAUUGUUAUAGGAACUCUUUGGGUGUUUUGGAAAGAGAUGAGUGACGGUCAUGUGACUAGACGGGACACAACCAUGACUUUUACGUGCUUUGUAUUUUUUGAUAUGUUCAACGCAUUGAGCUGUAGAUCACAG